GAAUACGAAUAAUACGACUAGUCAUUGUCGGUGCGCGUUCGACGCCGUUGCACUGUGAUGUAGCGCGACACACACUGAACAAACGCAGACAUCGUCUCCGCGUUCAUCGGUAGCUACGAAGACAAAAUAAAAUAAUGCAUUUGUGAAGCGUUCAUGACGACGAGAUACGUUGACAUUGCGUUUAUAUAAGAUUAUCGCCUACCAGGAACGACACAUAGUGCGCUUCGGUCGUCAUUUGUUUACAGUUCAAAAAUCGAAUCAACACUCGUGUUUAUUACCCAAAUCCACUGUGAACGACCGUUUGCUCGUGGCCUAGCGUUGACCGAAGGGGCGAAAUAUGAGUUAUGCAACUAGGAAUAAAUUCGAGUUAACGAAGGCAUUUGCGGAUGACGAGGCACAAAUAAACAGGAAAUUGCCCAAAGAACUCCUGCUGCGCAUCUUUAGCAAUUUAGACGUCGUUUCGCUUUGCCGAUGCGCACAGGUAUCGAAAGCAUGGAAUAUUCUCGCACUAGACGGUUCGAAUUGGCAACGAAUAGAUUUAUUUGACUUUCAAAAGGAUGUCGAGGGACCGAUAAUAGAAAACAUAUCUCGCCGUUGUGGUGGAUUCCUGCGGCAACUGUCUUUGCGCGGAUGUCGUUCGAUUGGAGACAGCUCUAUUAAGACUUUGGCGCAUCAAUGCCCCAACAUCGAGGAUCUCAAUUUAAACGACUGCAAAAAACUUACAGACUUGACAUGUCAGUAUCUCGCCAAACACUGUUUGAAACUUCAGAAGCUCAACCUGGACAGUUGUGCGACGAUUACAGACCAAUCGCUUAAGAGUAUUAGUGAUGGAUGUCCUAAUAUAAACACACAUUAACGUUAGCUGGUGCGGUAACAUUACUGACAAUGGCGUGGACGCGAUAUCUCACGGCUGUCCGCGACUACAAAGUUUUACCAGUAAGGGUUGUCGACGGGUAACA